AUGCCAAUUUCUUUGGGAUUUGCAGAAAGAAGACGAGAUUGAGGAAUACCUCCGUAAAAAGUAUGCAGACGAGUUCUUUUUUUUCCGAGAAAUUUAUCAAAUUUCUCUUUUUCUUUAAUGGUUCUACAGCUCAAGAUUGGAGCCAUGGCUUUUUGAAGUUCGGCCUUCAUCAAAUCCGAGGCCUCCCUUUCGGUUUCGUAACAAUAAUUUUGCCCUAGUGCCUUAAACCUAAAGAACACUCUCAGGGUGGGUUGCCAUUACCCUUCCGAAAGGUGACGAUCAAAUAAAACCGACGAUUUUUGAUCGGAUUUGAACUCGGAUCUUCGGCUCAUUAGAGCAGCGCACAUCUUUCUGCGCCAUGAUCGCCACAUCCAAUCUCAAGCUGGAACAGAGAGAAAGAGAGAGGGGAGAAGAAAAAGAAAGGUGAAGAAAAGUAUAUACAUACAUUUUGCGGUACAUGUUGACAGAAUAAGCUCUGCCUCUACAAAUAGCAACCUCGGUAUAUGUACCAAACAAUCGCCAAAAAUCGCCUAUUGUUCACAAGUUGACCCUACCACGCACGCGUAAGAUCUUUCUUGUUCGAUGGAAACCCCCCUUCCACUGCACGUGAUCGCAAGCAAACUAAAUUCUAUUUACCUGAUUCACCACAUGUGUCCUAGGAGUUGUCGUGUACGGACAAAUCUCCUUCUCUCUGGCUCGAUCGGUCUUCCGUUUUAAUAUGGAGAAUACUACAAGCAAUUCUACGAGAGAGAGUAAUUCUACGAACAAGUCUAUUAGCAAGUUUAUUAGCAAGUUUAUUAGCAAUGCUACUGAUGGCGAUGCAUAUAUCAGCAUUUGGGCAUUGCUACUGCAGCCGUACAAAAAGUACACGCAGCUCGUAAAACAGUCGUUCCACUUGACCAUGGCGAGUCUGGAUGUCUCGAAGAUUAUCAUCGAUCAUCCAAUACAAGUAAUGAUGAUUGUCGGUGGAGACGCUACGAGAUAUUUGAUUUGCACUUUAGACAAGGCAAACGUGAUGCAAGUACCGCUCAACUUACAUAUUGAAAGAGGAACUUUUAUAACAUUUUUGUGCAACGGCGGAGGUUAUGUACACUUAAGUGGAUAUUACAAAAAGGUGGUAGAUGAUCCUGACCGUAAAAACAUUAUUCCUGUGCAUAUAAUGGAAGGUCCAACUACUUCAAAAGAAAUAAGCGAUUAUAUAGAAAACAAUUCAAUAACAUACCAAGAUGACGUAUACGGAGGCUGGAUAGUAAAACCUAUACGACAGUGCUGUCACUCCAGGAUCCCCUUAAAUGCAAUAAACUACCAAAAAAGUGAAAAGAAAGAAAACUCGAAAAGGAAAGCAAAUUCGCCGAAAGACGAGGCAGCAAAGCGCAUGAAGUCGUCAGCUAAUUCCAGUGAGAAUUGCAGUGAUAAUGAUAAUUGUGAUGAUACAGAAAAUUCUGAUGAUGAUGAAGACGAUGAUUAUUAUGAAUCAACAAGCUCCGAUAGUGAUGAUGAUGAAAUCGAGAGCCAGGAAAGUGAAGAGGAAGACUCUGAUGGGCAAGAAAAAAAUGGAAAACAGCAAGAGAAGGAAGCGACCGGAGAAGAAGCCAACGGGAAACAGAAAAAGCAAAUAAAGAAAGAAGAGCAGGAAAAAAAUGAUACAACAUGGUUUUUACCCGGUGGUCUACAAGUGAUACAGCUAAAACCCGGCAGUGGGAAAAUCGCGGAAGUGGGCAAACAUGUCACAAUGUAUUAUUCGGCUCAUGUACAGAUUGGGUCAAAAAUGCCACAGAUCGAUCAAUGCUUAAAAGGACAUGGCUUGGAAUUCAAACUCGGUGCAGGGAUUGUGCUCCGCGGUGUGGAUAAAGGAGCAGUUGGAAUGAAAGUCGGCGAAAAACGUCGUCUCAUAAUACCACCGAAAAUGGGCUAUGGAUCUAGAGGCUGUGGACCCACUGUUCCUCCUCAUGCUACACUUAUAUAUGACAUUGAACUUAUAAAAGUCAAGUAAAUAUUAACAACCUAGGCAUUUCUUAUAAGGAUCUUUUUCAAAAUACGUUCUUUACAACUACUCAAUAGAACAAGACAAAUUUUUUAACUUAUAUUUUAAUUAUUAUAUUUACAUAAAGGCAAGAAAUACUUUUUUAGAGAAGCGAAUUAGACAAAGAAAAACGUUAUAUAU